CAUAUCCGUUUAUUAUAGGUCGCAAAACCUUUCUCUCUCACUCUCUGCUGAACAGCGAGUGAAAAUGAAUCGCCAGAAAUCUAUACUCUCAUUCUUCCAAAAGACCUCGCCGGAAAAUCGCACUUCCGGCGCUAAGCGAGACUCUGUUCCGUCGGUUCAACAAGCCAACCGUAACGACCGUACUGUCAAACCAGUCUUCAAUCCACCACCGUCGGCAGAUGACGUCAGAGGAACAGACACGCCGCCGGAGAAGGUGCCUCGUCAGGUUUUGCCGGCGAACUUUGCUCCAAACGCGAACAACUUCGGUUCGUCUCUGUUUGAGAGUAUCAUGCAUAAAUUCAUUAAGGUCGAUGAUGGCGAAAAAGUUAACCAGAGGAGCCAGUCAUCAAACCAUGAUAGCUUCCCCAAAUCGUCUUCAUCAUCAACUAUAUUUAAUAAUACUAACCGCAAAGGACAGAAGAAAGAAGCAGCAGCUGCAGCUUUUGAACCUGUCGUGAAAGCAAAAGAUAAUGCUGUAAAUUUCAAAGAAAAGGUUAACCAUGAAAACAUGUUCCUUGUUGAAAAUGACGGUGAUCUUACUGGACCAGAAACCCCAGGGAUGCAGCCUCUUGUUUCUCAUGUAAAGCGAAGUCGAGAGGAUGGAUCCAAUCUUUCUUCCUUGCGGGAUUCUGGCAAGCGAGUCAGAUUUCUCAAGGAUUCAAUGGCACUGGACAUGACAAAAAAGGAGUUAGAAGUGGCUAGCAAGUUUGAGUGGCUUGAUCCUUCUCGAGUUAGGGAUGCAAAUGGAAGAAGGCCCAGUGAUCCUUUAUAUGACAAGACGACACUUUAUAUACCUCCAGAGAUUUUAAGAAAAAUGACAGCAUCACAGAAACAGUAUUGGAGUGUCAAAUGCAAAUAUAUGGAUGUUGUGCUAUUCUUUAAAGUGGGAAAAUUUUACGAGCUGUAUGAAAUGGAUGCUGAAAUUGGCCAUAAGGAGCUUGAUUGGAAAAUAACAUUAAGUGGUGUGGGAAAAUGUCGGCAGGUUGGUAUAUCUGAAGGUGGGAUUGAUGAUGCUGUUCAAAACCUGGUUGCUCGUGGAUAUAAGGUUGGGCGAGUGGAGCAAUUGGAGACAUCUGAAGAAGCAAAAGCUAGAGGAGCUAACUCUGUUAUUCUAAGAAAGUUAGUUCAGGUAGUCACCCCAUCAACCAAUGUGGAUGGUAAUAUUGGUCCUGAAGCAAAUCAUCUUCUUGCAAUAAAAGAGGAAAGCAAUGGCUCGGAUAAUGGUUCAGUUACAUAUGGAUUUGCUUUUGUUGAUUGUGCUCGUCUUAGGUUUUGGGUUGGUUCUAUUGAUGACGACGCGUCCUGUUCUGCUUUGGGGGCUUUAUUGAUGCAAGUGUCACCCAAGGAAAUUAUAUAUGAAAGCAGAGGGGUGUCCAAAGAAGCUCAGAAAGCAUUUAGAAAAUUCUCUUUAAACGGUUCGACAACCCUAAAAUUGACUUCAAUGCAGUCGAUCACCGACUUGGUGAGCUCAGAAAUUAGUGAUUUAAUUCGUUCGAAGGGAUACUUUAAGGGGUCAUCUAAUUCACUGGAUCAAGUGCUGACCAAAGUGAUUCAUCGUGAAAUCACUUUGUCUGCUCUUGGUGGACUGAUAGGUCAUCUAGAUAGAUUGAUGCUAAAUGAGAUUCUACAGAACGGGGACAUAUAUCCAUACCAGGUUUAUAAGGGUUGCCUCAAAAUGGAUGGUCCAACAUAUGUUAAUCUAGAAAUCUUUGGUAAUAGCGAUGAUGGUGGAAAAUCAGGUACAUUGUACAAGUAUCUUGAUAACUGUGUUACUUCAUCUGGAAAGCGGCUUCUUAGGAACUGGAUCUGCUGUCCACUAAAAGAUGCUGAAGGAAUUAACAACAGGCUUGAUGUGGUAGAUAAUCUAAUAACUUGCCCUGAAAUUGUGUCUCAUAUUGCACAACAUCUUCGCAAGCUUCCAGAUUUGGAACUAUUGCUCGGCCGAACCAAGUCCAGCCUUCAAGUAUCAAGCCCUAUCUUACUGCCCUUAUUGGCAAAGAAAAUAUUGAAGCAGAGGGUGAAAGUGUUUGGGUCACUUGUGAAAGGCCUUCGGACUGCUUUGGGUUUGUUGCUUCUACUACAGAAAGAGCAGCUUCUAAUAUCAUCCUUGACCAAGGUUUUUAAACUUCCAAUUCUGACUGGCAGUGACGGGCUUGAUCAAUUUCUUACUCAGUUUGUAGCAGCUGUAGAUAGUGACUUCCCAAAUUACCAAAAUCACGAUGUUACGGAUUCAGAUGCCGAAACACUCACAAUACUUGCUGAAUUAUUUUUGGAGAAAGCUGCCCAAUGGUUUGAAGUUGUUCACGCCAUCAAUUGCAUUGAUGUACUAAGAUCCUUUGCUGUUACUUCUAGCUUUUCAUGUGGUACUAUGUCUAGGCCUAUCAUAGUUCCUACAUCAAAAUGUACAAGUAAAGAUAGUGGAAUGCCUGUGCUCAAAAUGAAGGGACUAUGGCAUCCAUUUGCCCUUGGAGAGAGUGGACGUGUGCCUGUUCCAAAUGACAUGAUCCUUGGUGAGAAUGAAGACGGGCAUCAUCCUCGCACGUUGCUUUUAACAGGGCCAAACAUGGGUGGAAAAUCAACACUUUUGCGUGCUACCUGUGUAGCUGUUAUUAUGGCUCAGUUAGGCUGCUAUGUGCCAUGCGAAAAUUGUGUUCUCUCAGUUGUGGAUAUCAUCUUCACACGCCUUGGAGCCACAGAUAGAAUCAUGGCAGGCGAGAGUACCUUUUUUAUUGAGUGUACUGAAACUGCAUCGGUGCUUCAGCAUGCUACUCAAGAUUCUCUUGUUAUCCUUGAUGAAUUGGGUCGGGGAACAAGCACUUUUGAUGGCUAUGCCAUUGCAUAUGCUGUAUUCCGGCAUCUGAUUGAAAAGGUUAACUGUCGCUUGCUAUUUGCGACACAUUACCAUCCGCUAACAAAAGAGUUUGCCUGUCAUCCACGCGUUACAAUGCAACACAUGGCUUGUGCUUUCAACUCAAAAUCUGAUACCUUUUCCAAAAGUGAUCAGGAGUUAGUUUUCCUAUAUCGGCUUGCCUCUGGAGCAUGUCCUGAGAGCUACGGAUUGCAGGUUGCCCUCAUGGCUGGAAUCCCAGAGAAAACUGUAAACAUUGCUUCAAAAGCUAGCCAACAGAUGAAAAAAUCAAUUGGAAAAAGCUUUAGGUCAAGUGAACAGAGAUCAGAGUUUUCAACUCUUCAUGAAGAAUGGUUGAAGACAUUGAUGUCUAUCUCACGAAUUGAGGAUUGUGAAUCUUUUGAUGAUGAUGUUUUAGAUACAUUAGUAUGUUUGCGGUAUGAACUAAAAACUUCGUUUAAAUCAGGCAACUAGAGAUUAGAGUGCAGCAGAUAGGACUAGUAAUCUCACUUUUACAGCAGUUUUUGUAAAUUUAUACUUAACUCCUCAGUUAAAAAAUACAUGUUUUCAGCUUGGGUAACAGUUGCUUAUUUAGGGGAAUUUUAUGGUACAUUAUUAAUGUUAAUUAGUAAUAGUGUGAGUUUGACCAUAUUUUAUAUUCAA